GGGCUUACAUUCGGCACCUCGGUACCAGUGUUGUCUAAGAUGCGCAGUCUGCUCGUACUACCCUUGCUUGUGGCCCUUGUGGCAGGGGCAACACUUGACUUUAACCACUACUGGACUGCCCAGGAGAUCGACGAAUACAUCGGUGAGCUUACCAGCGAGUUCCCGACGCUAGCGACCGCAGUUAACGUUGGCACCAGUACGGAAGGACGUCCAAUUCGUGCGAUCCGCGUCAGCAAGGACAACGUCGCCAAUCGACCAUUAGUCAUCGUCGAAGCAGGCAUACGCGGACGCGAAUGGAUCUCUCCGAUGUCUGCUAACUACAUUCUGCACGAGAUCGUCGAGCAUUAUUACGAGUUCGGACACAUUCUGGAUAACGUCAACUUCCUGGUUGUGCCGCUGCUCAACCCGGACGGUUACGAGUACUCACGCACCACCACCAACCGCCACUGGCUGAAGUCACGCAGCGUGAAUGGGAACGGAUGUUUUGGAAUUGAUCUAACCCGUAAUUUUGGUUACCUCUGGAAUACCGUUGCAGGAAGCACUGAUGCUUGUUCGGAUAGCUAUGUCGGUACUGGUGCCUUUUCAGCCCCGGAAACGGCCGCCAUGCGGGAUCUCAUCCAAAGCAACAGUGAUAAUCUGGUCCUGUACCUCAGCAUCCAGUCCGCCGAUCAGAUGGUGCUGUACCCGUUCUCGCACAGUGCCAUGACCCAUCCGAGCAAUGUGGCCGAGCUGCGCACCCUCGGCAACAGCGUGGCCCUUGCGUUGAUGAGUCAGAAUGGACGUAUCUUUACCACUGGAGGUGCCGGACUGUUGCAACCGGCCGCCUCGGGUAGUAGCAUCGACUUUGUGGCCGGUACCGUUCAGCCCGAUUUGGUGUUUACGCUCGAAACGGGUGCCGGUGGUAGCUAUGGGUAUGACGUACCCGAAUCGCAAAUGGGUGAGAUACUUAGCGAGACCACGCACGGGUUCCUCACGAUGGCGGAAUACGUAGCGAAUAAUAAGUGA